UGCAACAAGAGUAACAUGAAGUUUUGUCUUCAAUGAGCAAUUAACUAUAGAUGUACCUGGAAGUACCAUGUCUUGAUUGUCUUGGACCGAAAUUUCAUAAUUAUCUGCCAGUAACAUUGAAUAUAGAGAAAAUAUGAGCAUUUCUGUUACCGUUCGUCUUGCUUUGGCUUUUAUUAUUCCUUUAUUAAUAACGAGCCGUGGAUAUAAGAAGAAAUCUCUGAAUUUCAGUGGAGCCUUAUCGUCUCUGAUCGUUGGCUUUCUGUUGACUUUUACGAAUUUUUGCUUUUUUUCUGCACUUUUUGCGUUCUUUGCAUCUGCAUCCUUCGUGACCAAACUAAAGGCUGACGUGAAAAGGAAAAUAGAGCACGAUUUUAAGGAAGGUGGUCAAAGGGACUGGCUGCAAGUUGUAUGCAAUGGAGGUGUAGCUGUUGUUGCAUGUAUUUUGUAUCUGAUCGAGGUAGGCUCAGAACAACCAAUUGAUUUCGCCAAAGAUAUAUCGCCUUUGUUCUCCAUUGCCUUGCUGGGAUCGUUAGCUUGUUGUAAUGGUGACACCUGGGCUUCUGAAAUUGGAUCAGUGUAUGGUAGUUACCCACGAUUGGUCACCACCUUACAAUUGGUACCUGUUGGCACUAAUGGUGGUAUCACUUUGAUUGGUACUGUGGCCAGUUUGGUUGGAGGCACCAUUGUAGGUGUGGUAUACUAUGCAACCAUUCAGGCGAUGAUGACAUUUGAUAUGACACUUGCAAAUUAUCCACGCUAAUGGCCAAUUAUUUUGAUCGGAUCGCUCAGUGGAUUGAUAGGCUCUUUGAUUGAUUCCAUACUUGGUGCAAAACUACAAUAUUCGGUUAUUGUCAUGUCCAAAAGAAUUGUUCACUCACCCUCAUCAACAACCAAGGACAUUAGUGGACGGACAUUUUAAGCAAUCACGGUGUGAAUUUUUUCAUCAUUAAUGACAGCAUCCAUAAUGCCAGUUAUUGCAUAAUGGAUUGUGGAAAUAUAUGUAACUGGAUUCAACAAUAGCAUGUGACCAAUUCAACCUGAUCAAAAUAACACACCAUGAAGCUUCAACAUGUCUGCAAAUUUAUUUGAAACCUCAUACAAUAUUUAUAAAAUUAAAUACAAAACCUGCAGUUUAAAACAUUUGUCCAUGGUAAAGCAAGCUAAGAUUAACUGUAAUUUUGAAUUACGUUUGUGAAUUAUAACUACAAAAGGUAACAACAGAAAACACUUCUAAAUUCUAAUUAUCGAAAUUACUUACAGAAAAAAUAUAGCACAGCAAGCAUAUAAGCUUAUACUUUGAAAGUUAUAAUUAAAAUGAUACACAUUGUUUUGUUAAAAGUAAUUAAAUACUAAUUUAUUUCGUGCCACUAUUAA